AUGAAACAGAGCUCUCCUAAUGCUUUUCUUGACCGUUUAUUCUUUUCUGAUCAUAAUAAUGGAAUAUUUUCUGAUAAAACUCUUUUGCAGGACUUUGAAGUGCAUGAUGUCAUUAUUUUAGCACCUGUAGCAGAAUCUCUUCAGGGCAUAGAAAAUGAAACAGAUAUUCCAUGGAAUGAAACAAUUACUAGUGAUUUUAUAGCCAGUCAUAUUUUAAAAUGUUCAUCUGGUUUAGGAUAUGGUUUAUAUGGAAAAACUAAGCAAUUUACAACAAUUAAUGGAAAAACUGUUAUUAUUAAGAAUGACUUUGUUUAUACGGAUAAAGGAUUUUCGUCUGUACGUCAUGCUAAAUUACUUUAUGAUCAUCUUUAUUAUUCUGGAGAUAUUAACAGACCACCCUAUCUAAUAUAUUUUCUUGAUCGUCCUCUUCUUAAGUCUUGUUUUGACAGUUGUACUCGUAUUCCAAAGUCACUUUCUGUAUCUAAAUCUUUUGAAAAGAUUACGAAUUUUCAACAAAUUAUUAGACUUUAUCCUUUAAUUUCACAAAAAGUAAAGCAGAUUCUUACUAACUCUUUGAAAAAACUUAGAAGUCUUGAAGAGUCUAGUGUUUUAAAUCUUGAUAAUAUUCGUCAAAUAAUAGAGAAUACUGUUAUUUCUGUUAUAAACACGUUUAAAUCUUCAAGGACAUCAAGUAUAAAAAAUCUUUUAAAAGCAGAAAAGUUUUCUGAAGAAGAUGUUGAAUUAUUGAUUGAAAAUUAUGUAUGUGAUGAAACACAUGAUAUUGUAUUUUUUUAUUUACUUAAGAUAAAUAAAGAACGUGAUAAAGAGUUAAUGGACUCUAUUAUAUCUAUGGAAUAUAUUGAUAUUCACCAAAUUGGCUUGCCUAUUAUUAACAGCGAAAUUAUUGAUCGUAUAUCUGAUGCUGUAAAUUGUUUUAAACAACUUGAAAAAAGAAGGAUUCCUUCUGAGAGAUUAACUGUUCUUUUAAAAACAGUACAAUUUUUAGUAACUAGUACUGUAAAAAUUACCAAAGAAUCUCAACGAAAUAAAAAUUAUAAUAAAAAUAUGUUUCAGGAUACAUCUAACUUUUUGAAAAAUAACUUAGGUGGUGAUUGUUUAAUACCAAUGCUUUUAUUAGUUCUAAUUCGUGCAAAAUUAAAUAAUUUAGAAACUAAUCUUGUAUAUAUAACACAUUUUUCAUUUUUAAAUACACAUAGAGGAGAAGAGUCGUAUGCCUUGAGUUCUUUAGAAGCAGUUUUAUAUCAUAUCUUGCAUCAAAGGGAUAAAUUGAAGAUGAUUAGUGAUUGUAAUAUUAUAUUAUGGAAUAGUAUCAAAUCUGGAGAUAUAGAUAUACUUGAGUCUAUUUUUAAGAAACAGCAUCCAAGUUUUAAUUCUGUAUUUUUUGAUGAAGUUUUCUUUCAAACAACUAGAAUAUCUUAUAUUUUAAAUGAUAUUUAUUGCUAUAAGGAUAUAAAUGGAGAUUCUGCAAUAAUGCUUGGAAUAAAAACAAAGAAUAUUUCUUCUAUUACUUUUCUUUUCAAUCAGCCACAAUUUUCAUCUGAAUUUUUAUUAAACGAUCGUGAUAUUGAAGGCUCUACACUUUUAAUGGUAGCUAUUAAACUUGAAUUUAAAGAAGCUAUUGAUAUACUCUUACAAAAACUAAAAACAUGUUCUAAUCAGAAAUUUUUUAACUAUUUAACUCAAAAAGAUUACUCGGGAAAAACUAUCUGCCAUUAUCUAUUUUAUCAACCAUAUCUUAUUUAUGAACUUGGUCCACAUCUUUCUUGGAAAUCUCGUGAUAAACAAGGGCAAACACCAUUAUUUUCACUUUUUAUGAUGCAUAAUCAUUUGGACUAUAAAAAAAUUGCUAUGGAUGCAAUAGAGAUUGUUCAGUUAAUAGAAAAUAAUAAUUUAAAUGUUGAUGAUCAUUUUGAUAAUAAUGGGAAUUCUCUUUUUCAUAUUAUUAAUGAUUCAGAAUGUUUGUCGAAAUUAUUAAGUUGUAGAGGAAAUAUAAACAAAAGAAAUAAUGAUGGAUUUACACCAUUAAUUUGUCAUAUAAAAUUUGGAAGAUCUAAAUUAGUUAAGAUUUUUUUGAAUGAUAAAAGAACGGAUAUAAGUGCAAAAGAUCAAAAUGGGUUUACUGCAAUACAUUUUUUAGUUCAAAUGAAUUUAGAAACUAUGAAUAUUUUAACAGAAAUUGUCAAUAUAGAAGAACGAACAUCUUAUACUGGUUCGACUGCGUUGCAUAUUGCAGUUCAAGAAAAAUCUUUAGAUUGUAUUAAAUAUUUAGUCAAAAAUAGAUCAGCUGAUAUUAAUGCCUUAAAUUAUAAAGGGGAUCGACCUGUGGAUAUUGCAAAAGAUCAAGAAGUAGUAGAUUUGUUAGAUGAAUUCGCAUUUUUUAAAAAUAGUUUAAAAAAACAGGGAAAAAUUGCACGUGUUGUUAGAAUACUUUUUGAAGAUGACUCUUCUAUCAAAUUCAUUAUUAAAAGUGGAUUUGUUAAUGAGAAUUCUAAAAACAUUACAACUGUUAUUCGUACGAUUGAAGAUUUUAAAUUUCUUUAUAAAUGUCUCGUUUUUCAAUAUUCAGAAUUAUGGGUUCCGUCUCUUCAUAUAGACUUUUUAGAUCCUUGUAUUAUACCUUCUAGACCUUCAAAAAGUAUAUUAUCGGCUUUUCUUAAUUGUUUUGAUAAUUUUUUGCAAAUUUUACUACAACAUUCAGUAUUUUCUACAGAUGAGCUUUUGUGGGAAUUUGUUACUGUCCCACAAUUAUAUACACAUCUUACUACAGAACGAUCUCAAAAAAAGUUUUUAGACAAAGAUAAAGAUAGACAAGAGAAGCUUAUGUCUGUUGAUGAAAUUAAUGAUAUAGAUUUUUUUUUUAAAGAUACAAAACAUAAUAUUGAAAAUAUGACUCAUGCAUAUAACCAUUUACAUAAGAGUUUAUGUUUUCUAGAAUCUAGUUGUUUAGAUUUUCAAACAUCAUAUAAAUUACUUUUUCAUUUUUUCCGUAUACCUGUUUUCAAAUUUCUAGAAGUGAAUGGCUAUCUUUUUGCAAUUGAACGUUUCAUUGAUAAUCUUGUUUUAAAGACUCCUUCUUUAAUAGUAGAACUUAUUCAACUAAUAUUAUUAACGAAAAAUAUACUUAGUGAUUUUUCGAAUGCCUUUGAGCAACCACAUGUUUUGGUUAAAGAGCUUAUGUUUGCUCAUAAAUCAUUCCGAAGAUCUGUAAAUAUCGACAAAAAUACAUUAUGGUCAUUUAAUUUACUAACUAAUACAAAAAAGAAAAUGCAACAAACUUCUGCAAAGCGUGUUUUUCAAACUACACAAACACUGACCAAGCAAUCUACUAAACUUCAAAAUAUCCAUAUUAAUCUACUUACUGAACUUGCAGAUUUUUAUAAUACACAUACACAACGUAUAAAAACAGCUUUGUGGAAUUUUGCAAAUGCAACACUACAGGAAGAGAGAUAUAAAUAUGAUCAGUUACAAAGAGCACUUCUUGCAUUACGCAGUGGCUCUAAUGAUUUAGCAUCUUAUAAUACAUUUGCCUCAGAUCAAGUGUAA